GGCCGGAGCAGUGGCAGCGGCGGCGGCCGCAGCGGCCGCGGGAGCCGAGCCUGCAGCGAGGGACCGGCUGAGGCGCGCGGGAGCGGAGGAGGCGAGGGCUCGCGGCGCUGUCGCCGCCGCUGCCGCUCGCUCGCGGGGGAAGAGAUGGCGGCGGAGCGGAGAGCCCAGCGACUCCUCAGCACCUCCUCCUUCUGGCUCUGCUGCUUGCUACUGCUCGGGCGCCGGGAGCCGGGCGCCGCGGCUGCCAGGAGUGGCUCCCCGCUGCAGUCCCCAGGAGCCAGCAUCCGAACAUUCACUCCGUUUUAUUUUCUGGUGGAGCCCGUGGAUACACUCUCAAAUCGAGGCUCUUCUGUUAUAUUAAACUGUUCAGCAUAUUCUGAGCCUUCUCCAAAAAUUGAAUGGAAGAAAGAUGGAACUUUUUUAAACUUGGUAUCCGAUGAUCGACGCCAGCUUCUUCCAGAUGGCUCUUUAUUUAUCAGCAGCGUGGUGCAUUCCAAGCACAAUAAACCUGAUGAAGGUUAUUAUCAGUGUGUGGCCACUGUGGAGAGCCUUGGGACUAUUGUUAGCAGGACAGCCAGACUCACUGUAGCAGGUCUCCCACGGUUUGCCAGCCAGCCAGAACCUUCCACUACUUAUGCUGGGAAUAGUGCAAUUCUGAAUUGUGAAGUUAAUGCAGAUUUGGUUCCAUUUGUGAGAUGGGAGCAGAACAGACAGCCCCUUGUUCUGGAUGACAGAGUUGUGAAGCUUCCGAGUGGAACGCUGGUUAUUAGCAACGUGACUGAAGGAGAUGGGGGACUUUAUCGCUGUGUAAUUGAAAGUGGUGGGCCGCCAAAGUACAGUGAUGAAGCUGAAUUGAAAGUUCUUCCAGAUCCUGAGGUCACAUCAAAUUUGAUGUUUUUGAAGCAACCCUCUUCCUUAGUUAAAGUCAUUGGUCAGAGUGCAGUCUUGCCCUGUGUUGCCUCGGGAUUUCCUGCUCCAACCAUUAGAUGGAUGAAAAAUGAGGAGACCCUUGACACAGAAAGCUCUGAAAGAUUGGUACUGCUGGCAGGAGGUAGCCUGGUCAUCAGUGACGUCACUGAGGAGGAUGCUGGGACUUAUUUUUGUAUAGCUGAAAAUGGUAAUGAGACAAUUGAAGCUCAAGCAGAGCUAACAGUUCAAGCCCCGCCUGAAUUCCUGAAGCAGCCUGCUAAUAUAUAUGCUCAUGAAUCUAUGGAUAUUGUAUUUGAGUGUGAAGUGACUGGCAAACCAACUCCAACUGUGAAGUGGGUCAAGAAUGGGGAUAUGGUUAUUCCAAGUGAUUACUUUAAGAUUGUAAAGGAACAUAACCUUCAAGUGUUGGGUCUGGUGAAAUCAGAUGAAGGAUUCUAUCAGUGUAUCGCUGAGAAUGAUGUUGGAAAUGCACAGGCUGGAGCCCAGCUGAUAAUCCUUGAACAUGCACCAGCCACAACGGGACCACUGCCUUCAGCUCCUCGGGAUGUCGUGGCCUCUCUGGUCUCUACCCGCUUCAUCAAAUUGACGUGGCGGACACCUGCUUCAGAUCCUCACGGAGACAACCUUACCUACUCUGUCUUCUACACCAAGGAGGGCGUUGCGAGGGAACGUGUUGAGAACACCAGUCGCCCAGGAGAAAUGCAAGUGACCAUUCAAAACCUGAUGCCAGCAACUGUGUACAUCUUUAGAGUAAUGGCUCAAAAUAAGCAUGGCUCUGGAGAGAGCUCAGCUCCACUCAGAGUAGAAACACAACCUGAGGUUCAGCUCCCUGGACCAGCACCUAACAUCCGAGCUUACGCAAAUUCACCCACUUCCAUCACUGUCACCUGGGAAACACCAUUGUCUGGCAAUGGGGAAAUCCAGAAUUAUAAAUUGUACUACAUGGAAAAAGGGACUGACAAAGAACAGGAUGUUGAUGUUGCAAGUCUCUCCUACACCAUCUAUGGAUUGAAAAAAUAUACAGAAUAUAGUUUCCGAGUGGUGGCCUACAAUAAACAUGGUCCCGGAGUCUCCACACAAGAUGUUGCUGUUCGAACACUGUCAGAUGUUCCUGGUGCUGUUCCUCAGAAUCUGUCCUUAGAAGUGAGAAAUUCCAAGAGCAUUAUGAUUCAUUGGCAGCCUCCACCUCCAGCCACUCAGAAUGGACAGAUCACUGGCUAUAAGAUUCGGUACCGAAAGGCCUCCCGAAAGAGUGAUGUCACUGAAACCUUGGUAGCAGGGACACAACUGUCGCUACUGGUUGAAGGUCUUGAUCGAGGAACUGAAUAUAAUUUCCGAGUGGCUGCGCUUACCAUCAAUGGUACAGGCCCAGCUACUGACUGGCUGUCCGCUGAAACUUUUGAAAGUGACUUAGACGAAACUCAUGUUCCUGAAGUGCCUAGUUCCCUUCAUGUCCGCCCACUUGUCACCAGUAUUGUUGUGAGCUGGACUCCUCCAGAGAAUCAGAACAUUGUGGUCAGAGGUUAUGCCAUUGGUUAUGGCAUUGGUAGCCCUCACGCCCAGACCAUCAAAGUGGACUAUAAACAGCGCUAUUACACCAUUGAAAAUUUGGAUCCCAGCUCUCACUAUGUGAUUACCCUAAAAGCAUUCAACAAUGUGGGGGAAGGCAUCCCUCUGUAUGAGAGUGCUGUCACCAGGCCACACACAGACACUUCUGAAGUUGAUUUAUUUGUUAUUAAUGCUCCAUACACUCCAGUGCCAGAUCCCACUCCCAUGAUGCCACCAGUGGGAGUUCAGGCUUCCAUUCUGAGUCAUGACACCAUAAGGAUUACAUGGGCGGACAACUCCCUGCCCAAACACCAGAAGAUUACAGACUCCCGGUACUACACUGUGCGAUGGAAAACCAACAUCCCAGCAAACACCAAGUACAAGACUGCAAAUGCGACAACUUUGAACUAUUUGGUAACUGGUUUGAAGCCAAAUACACUUUAUGAAUUCUCUGUGAUGGUGACCAAAGGUCGGAGAGCAAGCACCUGGAGUAUGACAGCCCAUGGAACCACCUUUGAAUUAGUUCCCACUUCUCCACCCAAGGAUGUCACCGUUGUGAGUAAAGAGGGGAAACCUAGAACCAUAAUUGUGAACUGGCAGCCUCCCUCUGAAGCCAAUGGUAAAAUUACAGGUUACAUCAUAUAUUACAGCACAGAUGUGAAUGCAGAGAUACAUGACUGGGUUAUUGAGCCUGUUGUGGGAAACAGACUAACUCAUCAGAUACAAGAGUUAACGCUUGACACGCCAUACUACUUCAAAAUCCAAGCUCGGAACUCAAAGGGCAUGGGGCCCAUGUCUGAAGCGGUCCAAUUCAGGACACCUAAAGCGGACUCCUCUGAUAAAAUGCCUAAUGAUCAAGCCUCAGGAUCUGCAGGAAAAGGAAGCCGGCUGCCAGAUCUAGGACCUGACUACAAACCUCCAAUGAGCGGCAGUAACAGUCCUCACGGCAGCCCGUCCCCACUGGACAGCAACAUGCUGCUGGUCAUCAUCGUGUCGGUGGGAGUCAUCACCAUCGUGGUGGUCGUGAUCAUCGCUGUCUUCUGCACCAGGCGCACCACCUCCCACCAGAAAAAGAAACGAGCUGCAUGCAAGUCAGUGAAUGGCUCUCACAAGUACAAAGGGAAUUCCAAAGAUGUCAAGCCCCCAGACCUCUGGAUCCAUCACGAGAGGCUGGAGCUGAAGCCCAUCGACAAGUCUCCAGACCCAAACCCCAUCAUGACAGAUACUCCGAUCCCAAGGAACUCUCAAGACAUCACGCCUGUUGAUAAUUCCUUGGACAGCAAUAUCCAUCAAAGGCGGAAUUCAUACAGAGGGCAUGAAUCAGAAGACAGCAUGUCUACACUGGCUGGAAGGCGGGGAAUGAGACCAAAAAUGAUGAUGCCUUUUGACUCUCAGCCACCCCAGCCUGUGAUUAGUGCCCAUCCCAUCCAUUCCCUCGAUAACCCUCACCAUCAUUUCCACUCCAGCAGCCUCGCUUCUCCAGCUCGCAGUCAUCUCUGCCACCCGGGCAGCCCCUGGCCCACAGGCACAGCCAUGUCCCUUUCAGACAGGGCCAAUUCCACAGAAUCCGUUCGAAACACCCCCAGCACUGACACCAUGCCAGCCUCCUCGUCUCAGACGUGCUGCACUGAUCAUCAGGAUCCUGAAGGUGCUACCAGCUCCUCCUAUUUGGCCAGCUCUCAAGAAGAAGAUUCAGGCCAGAGUCUUCCAACAGCCCAUGUUCGCCCUUCCCACCCACUGAAGAGCUUUGCUGUGCCAGCGAUCCCACCUCCGGGGCCGCCCACCUACGAUCCCGCACUGCCAAGCACACCAUUGCUGUCCCAGCAAGCUCUGAACCAUCACCUUCACGCUGUGAAGACAGCCUCCAUUGGGACUCUAGGGAGGAGCCGGCCUCCUAUGCCAGUGGUCGUGCCCAGUGCGCCCGAGGUGCAGGAGACCACGAGGAUGCUGGAAGACUCCGAGAGUAGCUACGAACCAGAUGAGCUGACCAAAGAGAUGGCCCACCUGGAAGGACUGAUGAAGGACCUAAAUGCCAUCACGACAGCAUGACAGCCUUCACCAGGACGUGACUCCAAGCCUGAGUCUAGAGGUCUUGGGACUUAGCCUUGAAAAGCAAGGAAUUGUACAGAAUACGAGAGGACAGCACUUGAGAACACAGAGUGGGCGAGCGAGCGGACGAGCCAGCGCCUCCGGGAGUCACUGCAGGCGCGGCCACCUGCCUUCUCCCGGUCCGCCUGGAAGAAGCCGAGUUGAGGCAGCUCCCCUUGACCUGCUGAGACCCUCCAGGACUGGGCACCAUGGGCCAAAAUUCCGCGUCCGGGGAAGAGGCAAGACAGGCAACCAGAUUUCACUUUGUGGUCCGGCUGCUGCGUCUUUGAGCUGCAACUGCAUCGCCUUCAUGGAGUGUAGACAUUGACUUUUACGUACAACUUUAUUUGUGUCCUAUUUUAUUUUACCAUUAAACAAAAAACAAAAACCACACACUCUCAAGAACCAUGGACGUCCAUGGUGUUCUCCGCAGGUGGUCGACGGUUGACUGCUUGUUCAGUUAUGUGCGGAAAGUCAUUGACAGUGUGGGUUGUUCCAAGGGUUGGCUUGUUUUUAUAUUUGUUAUUUUUGUUAUUUUCAUUCUGAGUCAUUGCAUCCUCUGCCAGCUGUUAAUCCAUCACUUUAAAGAGGGAGGAAAUGUUGCGUUGCUGUUUAAGCUUUUUUUAUUAUUAUUUUUUUAUUAUAAUUAUUAAAGGCCUGACUUUCUCCUCUCAUCACUGUGAGAUUACAGAUCUAUUUGGGUGAAAUGUAACAUUG